CCCUUCUCCUCUCCAAACCCCCAUCUCCCCUCUUCCACCUUCUCCAGCCCACACACACCCAUGAUUGGACGGCACUACAGGCUGGCCAGCAGGGCCCUUGCGCAGCAGCAGCACAUCCUCGCCAGACGGGCCUUCUCCUCCUCGCGGCCCGCAAAGGCGGAGGUCGAGGUCACCAUAGACGGCAAGAAGAUCAUGAUCGAGGCCGGCUCGGCUCUCAUUCAAGCUUGCGAAAAGGCAGGCUCCCUCGUUCCCCGUUACUGCUACCACGAAAAACUCGCCGUCGCCGGAAACUGCCGUAUGUGCCUUGUCGACGUCGAGCGGGCACCCAAGGCCGUCGCCUCCUGCGCCUGGCCUGUUCAGCCCGGCAUGGUCGUGCACACAAACUCGGAGCGCGCGAUCAAGGCGCGCGAGGGCGUCAUGGAGAUGCUGCUCGCCAACCACCCGCUCGACUGCCCCGUUUGCGACCAGGGAGGUGAGUGCGAUCUCCAGGAUCAGGCGAUGAGAUAUGGUUCGGAUCGUGGCCGGUUCCGAGAGAUUGAGGGCAAGCGUGCGACCGAAGACAAGGACAUUGGUCCGCUUAUCAAGACCGAGAUGACGCGUUGCAUUCACUGCACCCGCUGCGUCCGGUUCUCGAACGACAUUGCUGGUGCGCCCGAGCUGGGCACUUCUGGCCGUGGAAACGACAUGCAGAUUGGUACCUACCUGCAGAAGAACCUCACCUCUGAGCUUUCCGCAAACGUCAUCGACCUCUGCCCCGUCGGUGCGCUCACCUCCAAGCCGUACGCUUUCCGCGCGCGACCUUGGGAGCUCAAGAAGACCGAGUCGAUCGACGUUCUCGAUGGUCUCUGCUCAAACAUCCGUGUUGACUCAAAGGGAGUCGAGGUCAUGCGCGUCCUGCCCCGUCUGAACGACGACGUUAACGAGGAGUGGAUUUCUGACAAGACCCGCUUCGCCGUCGACGGUCUCAAGACGCAGCGCUUGACUAUGCCUUUGCUCAAGGCCGGCGACAGAUUCGAGCCCGUCACCUGGGACGAGGCUCUGUCGACCAUCGUUGAGGCGUACGAGAAGAUUGCCCCCAAGGGCAACGAGUUCAAGGCUAUUGCCGGUGCGCUCGUCGAUGUCGAGGCUCUCGUUGCCAUGAAGGAUCUCGCCAACAGACUCGGCUCUGAUAACCUUGCGAUCGACGUUACGGGCGGCAAUGCGCCGCUUGCGCAUGGCGUUGACUCGCGCGCCAACUACCUGUUCAACUCCACGAUCCACGGAAUCGAGGACGCGGACGCGAUCCUGCUUGUUGGUACCAACCCGCGUCACGAGGCUGCUGUGCUGAACGCGAGAAUACGCAAGCAGUGGCUGCGCUCUGAUCUCGAGAUUGGUCUCGUCGGUCAGAACUUUGAGUCUACGUUUGAGUACGAGCACCUGGGCGACGACACUGUUGCACUCAAGAAGGCGCUUGCGGGCAGCUUUGGCAAGAAGCUGCUUGCGGCCAAGAAGCCGAUCAUUGUUGUCGGCAGCGGAGUUGCCGAGAACCCCGACGCGGCCGUGUUUUUCGAGCUGAUUGGACAGUUUGUGAACAAGAACGCUUCGAAGCUCGUGACUGCUGAGUGGAACGCGUACUCUGUCUUGCAGCGUGCGUCUGGUCGGGCGGGUGCGUUCGACGUCGGCUUUGUUACCUCUGACCCUGCGGUGACGAGCGUGAAGCCCAAGUUUGUGUGGUUGCUCGGAGCGGAUGAGAUCACUGCUGCUGACGUGCCCAAGGACGCGUUUGUCGUCUACCAGGGCCACCACGGUGACGUUGGCGCCCAGUACGCUGACAUUGUGCUCCCUGCCUCUGCCUACACCGAGAAGGUCGGCACAUAUGUCAACACCGAGGGCCGUGUGCAGGUCACUCGCGCGGCUACUUCACCGCCCGGCGUUGCGCGUGACGACUGGAAGAUCAUCCGCGCUGCGAGCGAAUACCUCGGCGCCGCGCUCCCCUACGACGACAUCUACGACAUCCGGGCGCGCAUGGUCGAGAUCGCGCCCCACCUCGUGCGCCACGACAUCAUCGAGCCCGUUGCGAGCGAGACCGCGACCGUGGGCCUGAAGGCGCAGAUCGUGGACGCGCACAAGAGCGCCAAGUCGACCGGCGCCAAGCUCGGCUCUGUGAUUGAGAACUUUUACUUCACCGACGCGAUCUCGCGAAGUUCGGCCACGAUGGCGCGGGCGGCGGCGGCGGCGGCCAAGGGCGAGAAGGCGGAGCCGCUUGCGGCAUAUGCAUAGGCGGAUUUUGACAUCUUGUUCGGUACUUUGAUUUUUUUUCUUCUGUAGAGAAUAUUGAAAAGACAACACAUGAAAAUACAGAAGGGAUGUUUGUUGUGCGGAGAUGGUGUUUAGAUAAAGGUCAUAUUUUUCACAUUUUUUUUUUACUUUCCAUGCAAUUUUUCUUUCUUGUUUUCUUAUUAUUUCUGCUUAAUGAAAGUCCAUUUAUAUCAAACAGCA